AUGGCUCUUAGUAGAGGAUUAUCUAAAGCCAUUGGCUUAGGAACCGAGGCAUACGCUCAUCAUAAGGAGACGAAAGAAGCGGAAAAGAGUGCGAAGCUCUCAUCCACUGGAAACAUUGCUGGGCAGUUGUCCAACACGCAGCAACAUGAUGCUCUGGCGCCGCCAGCUACUGCGAACCCCAAUACCAGCAAUGGUCCGGAUAUUUCAGAUGACGAGGACUCCCAUGAUGAGGAUGAGAUCGACUGGAUUCGUGACGAGACACAAGACCAGCUAGGCAACGAACCACACGGAACCGAAAAUGCAAAUGAUCAGUCUGUUGAUGCUCUGGUCGCGGAAUUCGCGCAGAGACACCCACCGCCACCAUACACACUUCAGUCCGCUACUUUGGCAAACCCAGUCAUUAUCCCCCAAACGAGGCCCGGGACGAAGUUCAGAGGCUUCGUACGCGCAUAUGCUCCAGCGCUGCAAGGUUGUGGGAUCGAUGAGUCUACGUUCAUGGACUUUCACGAGAACAUGCACAAAGCUGUCAACAAACAAGGCUGGUUCCAUGUAUCCAACAUUGCCGUCGGGCUGUCCGUGCUUUCGUACACGGUCGCUGUUGCGCCAAGCGUAGUCGUUCAUGCGACUGCUGUUGUGGUACAUACAAGUAUUGAGGCUGCGCGACGCAUGUGGAUGGCCAAACAAACAAACUCCUACCUUGACCAGAUGAACGAGAAGCUUUUCAAACCGCGCGGUCUUUACGCCAUGAUCAUGGCUUACAAGCCUACGUCGUCAGAGGCCAGCCAGCUUGUCGAUGUCAACACCCAUGUUGCGAGCUCGGUAGCACAACGCGACGGGCACCACAAAAGCAGUUUCAAGACUUCAAGUGGUAAGACGCAUGGAGAAGCCCAGAUGCCGGAUGCUGCACCGCUCGUCUUCCCCAAAUUGGAGAAGGCGGGUGACGAGGAAAAGAAGAAUGCCUUCAAGCGGUCUGCAGAUUUUAUGAGCAGCUACGGCGAUAAGCGGGCACAGGCAGAAUUUCAUGCCAAAAAUCCCGAUUCUCAACUCAAUGUGCAGCCUAAACCGGAGUUCUCUUCGAUCUUCGCAGACCCCAAUCACCCUGUCAAUAAGGGUUUGUUGCCGUUGCUUCGCGGCGGCUCGGCAAAUCCCUUGGCCAGAAGGGGCCAAAGGAGAGGGCUGAAGUCAGCGAGGGCCGGGCUCAUGGGCCACGGUGAUAGAAAUUGGGGUGACAAGAGCGAAAUGGCAGGGAAGACAGGGAUUGAGGGGCCUACGGGCAUGCUAGGCAGCGUGAAGAGAAAAAUGCAUGAGGACGUCUUGUAUCUCAUGGUUGUUCCUAUGCCUUCAGAGGAAGAAUUGAAGGCUGCUGCACAACUAAUGGAAGAGGCAAAGAAGGCUGGCUACAAAUGA